UCUCUUGUCAAAGGAGUCCUAGCUCUUUCCCUCCUGGGUCUCUGCCUCCUUCCAGCUGGGACUUUUCUUUUGGCUACUUCUCUGGAUGCUCUAGCAACCAUGAGCCGCCAAUUUAGCUCUCAGUCAGCAUUUAGCUCUAGGAGCAGGCGGUUUUACAGCAUUGGCUCCUCUGCAGGCUCUGGUGGUGGGAGUCGGGCUGUGGGGUCUGUGUGUCAGGUCCGGGGCAGGUGUGGUGGUGGUGGUGGUGGUGGUGGGUAUGGGAGCCACGCCAGGGGGUUUGGUUCUAGGAGCCUCUACAACCUGGGAGGCAGUAAAAGCAUCUCCAUUAGCUUAGUGGGGAGAAGUGCUAGUGGUUUCUGCCAGGGUGGGGGAGCAGGAGGGAAAUUUGGAGGCGGGGGCAGAAGUUUUGGGGGCGGUGGUUUUGGAGGCGGUGGCUAUGGAGGAGGUGGCUUUGGAGGAGGUGGUUUUGGGGGUAGCAGUUUUGGGCUUGGGGGCUUUGGUCCUUCCUGCCCCCCAGGGGGUAUCCAAGAGGUGACUAUUAACCAGAGCCUCCUACAGCCACUUCACUUGGAGGUGGACCCUGAAAUUCAGAGAGUCAAGACCCAGGAGCGGGAGCAGAUCAUGGUCCUCAACAACAAGUUUGCCUCCUUCAUUGACAAGGUGCGAUUCCUGGAGCAGCAGAACCAGGUGCUGCAAACAAAGUGGGAGCUGCUGCAACAAGUAAACACCUCUACUCGGACCAAUAACCUGGAGCCCGUCUUGGAGAACUACAUCAGUGAGCUGCGGAGGCAGGUGGAUUUUCUCAAUGCCGAGCAAAUGCGCCAGAACACAGACGUCAAGAACAUGCAGGACGUCGUGGAGGACUACAAGAGCAAGUACGAGGAAGAAAUCAACCGGAGGGCCAACACUGAAAAUGACUUUGUCGUCCUGAAGAAGGACGUGGAUGCUGCUUACAUGAGCAAGGUAGACCUGGAGUCCAAAGUGAAUGUUCUGUUCGGGGAGAUCAAUUUCCUGAAAUAUUUAUUUGAGACGGAACUGUCCCAGAUGCAAACCCACAUCAGCGACACCAAUGUCAUCUUGUCUAUGGACAAUAACCGCUUCCUGGACCUGGACAGCAUCAUCGAUGCGGUGAGGACCCAGUAUGAGCUGAUCGCACAGAAGAGCAAGGACGAGGCCGAGGCACUGUACCAGACUAAGUACCAGGAGCUGCAGGUGUCGGCGGGCAGGCACGGAGACGAGCUGAAGAACAGCAAGUUGGAGAUCACGGAGCUCAACCGCACCAUCCAGAGGCUGCAGGCAGAGAUCAGCAGCGUGAGGAAGCAGAUCGAGCAGAUGCACGUGGCCAUCUCGGACGCGGAGGAGAGAGGAGAGCAGGCCCUUCAGGAUGCGCGGCAGAAGCUUGGGGACCUGGAGGAGGCCCUGCACCAGGCCAAGGAGGAGCUGGCCCGGCUGCUGCGCGACUAUCAGGCGCUGCUGGGGGCCAAGCUGUCGCUGGACGUGGAGAUCGCCACCUACCGCAAGCUGCUGGAGGGCGAGGAGUGCAGGAUGUCAGGGGAGUUGCAGAGCCACGUGAGCAUCUCUGUGCACAGCAGCCAGACGACCGUCAGCGGCGGCGGCGGCGGCGGCGGCGGCGGGGCCCGAGGCUCCGGAGGCUACGGGGGCGGCUCCGGAGGCGGUUCCGGCGGCGGCUCCCGCGGGGGCAGCGGAGGUUACGCAGCCGGCGGCGGCGGCUCCCGCGGGGGCGGCGGAGGAGGUUACGCGGGCGGAGGCAGCUACGGAGGGAGCGGCCGGGGCAGCAGCAAGUACGGCGGCGGCUCCUCCCGCGUGCAGAUCGUCCAGACCUCCACCAACACCUCCCACAGGCGAAUCCUGGAGUAGAGGGACCCCCGCCCCCUCCUGUCCCCGCCCCGCGCCCUCCCUGAGCCCCUCUCCCCUUUCCCUCCUGGGUCUCCGCAGCUUUGCCCACACAGUCCAAGCUGGGGCGGGGGGCAGGGGGAAGCAGGUGCAUAACCCCCACCAGCAGCUCUGUCUUCCCAGGGCGCUGGAGUCACAGCCAGACCACUCCUCUGGGCCCGCUCCUGCCCCUGGGGACACCCCGGGGCCCAGUUUAGCGAUGGAGAGAAAAGCCUGUAGAGUAUCUAGAAAGCAGAUGGCGGGGAGUAAAUGUUAAGGACACCAGAUUUCUCACCCCCAGGCUCCCUUUCUUGCACCUGGGCUGCCCGGUGGACAACAAUCCAUCCCGUAGGGAACCAACAGUGAGGCCUUGGGCCCAGUAGCUUGGGGAGAGGAGCCCCUGUGCCGUGGACCCGUUCCUGCUGUUGGUCUGUUAGCCUCACACUUUCCUGCCAGUGGAUCCUAUGGAUUUGCUGUCCUCGUCAGACACCUCUGAGUCGUGGUCGUGAUUCUGAUUCUCUGUCUUAAGAAGCAUUGUCCUCUGGGUUAGCAGAGUAUUUCAGAGUGUGAGCGGCCUUGUCCACCGGGAGGACUAAUUAUCCGUGAAUAGAGGAGUCAGCGGGCAAGCCAUCGAGUUCUGGUGUCUCCUGUGCCUCCUCCACUCUUUGGCAGCCUGGGCCUUCCUGGACUCUGCUCCAUAAUGGCCCUCCUGAGAAUUGUCCAGGUGGCUGAGCUCGUGCAGCCCGGCACUGUCGUGUCCAGGUGUCGGGCCCUGAAGUGUUGGAGGAUCAGGCGUGGGUCUCGGGAGGGCUCAAUCCUGACCGGUCCGGAAGCUGCCUGUUACUUGUAAGGAAGCUUAGUGCCCUUUCCUGACUCCCUCUGCCUCGUGUUCUCUGUGACUGAGCACUUCCUGCAAGUCUGACCCUUUGUUUCGGGCCUCACACAAGGCGCUGGAGAUGUGCUGGAGGGGACAGGAAGGGGAAGCUGUCUGCCAAGGAGCAGGCCUUGAGAGGGGGAAGGUGGCGUUGCUUCUAAGAUCGAGAGUCCCCUUCGCUUGCUUGGUAAGUCCUAACGCAACCGCCAGGUCCACGAUUCUCUUGGGGUAUCGGAUGGGCUCCACGGUGCUGUGACUUCAUCAUUUCCUGGUUGAAGGUUGUACCUUGAAAGGCUUGACGUUUCUGGUAUUUCUACAAUAAAAUUUUCUGUGAUCUCA